CUCACGGAGGGGAGGAGGGAAGUCCUAGGAUUUGAAAGCAUCUAGUGUAAAAUGUUAACAUUUGCAAGAAUAUCAUUUCUGUGAAUGAACAUGUAAAAUCAAAUUAUAAAAAUUAUGUUAGUGGAGGCAGGAAGCCCGAAUGUCAUCACCCUCUGCCUGACUCUUGUCUAGCAGAUUCGGAGUGGAAAGGGUCUCAGCAACAGUUAUUUGAAAUCACUUUCUUCUGACCCCGGGGAAAAAAAAAAACAAGUCUCAAAAAAUCUCCUUACAAGCGUGCAGGAGCAGUUUCUCGCCAAAUACCGCACCGCGUCUACUCGGAAGCAAGAAGUCCCGCGGCGGGAUGCAGAGAGGCGCUGCCUACUCCCGCGCCAGCCGGGCCGGGACCGACGGCUUAAAGAUGCCGCGAGUUCGCAUGAGUUAGCAAAGCGGUGGCUCCUCUGGCCUCGGGACGCCAUUAUGCUGCCUCACCCGGGCGGCCGGGGCAGGAGGCGGAGCCGGCGCCGGAUUCCUCCCCUCGGCCCCUCGCCGCCGCCUCUUCCUCCCGGCUCUCUCCCAGUCUCUGCCCGGCUCUUGCUCUCGACGCUCUUCGGCGGGAAACGCCGCUUGCUGAUCAGCCGGGGAAGCGGCCCUCGCCGCUGGGCGGGUGAGGAAAAAAAAAUGGCCAAAAUUUGGAGAGGGAGGUUGGGCUGCUCCCCUUUCCUCUCGCUCUUCUUUCCUCCCCACGUGGGGCGGAGGAGGGUCUCUAUUCUUAGGGAGCGGGGCGUGGGAGAGAUGCUUUGGCUUGCCAGGCCCCCCCCCCCCACGCACCCACCCACCGUAGGAGACUUUUCUUCCUGGUUUCCUUCGCGCAUCCCGCUUUCCACUCCAAGGAACAGAAUGCGUAUGUUUCCCCCAAUUUGCCCUCCCAAACAACCCUGUGAGGUAGGCUCGCAGGGCCAAAGGAGCGUCGCCAUGGCUGAGUAUUUCUGCUUUUCGCUGCUGUUUGAAUUCGGGUGUCCAUAUUGCGAAACAAGGAGACUUAAAACUUCAUUUAAAAAAACCAGCCCAUUUCAUUGGCUGUGCAUGCACGUGCCCUUCUGUGUACUAAUGCACGGGUGUUUUCAAAAGGGUGGGCUGCAAUUCAUACAUGUUGUGUCUUUGCGCGUUUUGGUACCUUUCCGAAAAGUGAGCAUGGGGGAUAUUUGAGGGAGACACGUGUUUUGUGUGUGUGUGUGUGUGUGUGUGUGUGUGUGUGUGUGUAAGAGUUCUGGGUUGGGAUAAAAUUUCGAUUGAGAGCAGGAAUUGGGGCAGAUAAGGGAUUUUUAGUUUUAUACUUUGAUUUAUAAUCACGAUCUGUUUUAUGAAUGCUGUUAAAAUGCUAUAAUGGUUGAAAGUUGGUUUAUUCAAUAAAUGGCCUGGCAGGUUUGCAGAAGCCCAUGGCUGUAGGCAGUAAAGUUAUGCCCUGUGUUGGGAUUUGCAUGCAACAAAAACAGUGCAGCAUGCUCCUGUUCAAGGUGCCAUCCAGCUAUGUCCUCUAGGAAGCUCCAUUUAAUUCACAUUCUGUGGUCAAUCCGCACUCCUCAUUUUGCUGUUUUUGUGACUUUUUUUGGUCUCUUAUGGUCCUCAAUUUUUAUUUAUUUAUUUCUGCAAACUUUUCUUUUGGAUAAAGAUAAUCUCUAGGAGAAUUGAGUUUGCUAAUAGUAUAGCAAACAAUGCAUGGGCAUUGUUACUGUUUUUUUGAACCCCCCCCCCAAACUUCCUGGCACAGCUCCUGGACCUCUAAGAGUGACUUUGCCGCAAUCAAUAGGUGUAGCACUUCAUCACUGUGUCUGCAGAACUGGAGAAAGCCUCACCUGUUGAAUUACUUCCUGUCUAGCAGUUAUUUAAAGUGUGUGACUGAGGGAUGCAACAAUGUGUAUUGCAGAGAAGGCAACAAAUGUUGAGUCAUUCAUGGAGUCCCUUUCAUUUCUCAUUAAAAAAACAAAACUUGAAAAACAAGCUGUGUUGCACAAAAUUCUGUGUAAUUGAAAGCUUGUCCGAAUUAAAGAAAUUAGUGGUUGUAAAAGAUUUGAAUUUGUUUUGUCCUACUUGCCUUGUUUUGUGGAACCAGGCAUUCUCUACAGUGGGUAUUUCAUUCCACAACACUUUUUAACAACUUGUUGACAGGAGCAAUUCAACAAGUGAGGUUCUACAGGCCUGCAUAAAAAGGUAUAGGAGAUUAGAAGCCUUAUUUGUACAGUACAGUGGUACCUCGGGUUACAUACGCUUCAGGUUACAGACUCCACUAACCCAGAAAUAGUACCUCGGGUUAAUAACUUUCCUUCAGGAUGAGAACAGAAAUCGUGCUCCAGUGGCGCAGCGGCAGCAGCAGAAGGCCCCAUUAGCUAAAGUGGUGCUUCAGGUUAAGAACGGACCUCCGGAACGAAUUAAGUACUUAACCCGAGGUACCACUGUACAGUAUUUAAAAAACCAAAAUAAUCCACAUCCAUCCCAUAGUCUCUCUACUUCCGCCAGCCAUGGAAUAUGUGCAGCUUGCAGAUUUAACAUAUAGACUAAGAGAACAAGAAGAACAAACGUUUUGAGAAAACUGGAUAAUGUUUAUUGAAUAUAUGGGGGGAAUUGUGUACACUUGAAAACGUUGGCAGCAUUAAGAUUAAUUCAACAGUGUAAAAAAGUUUUGAUGGAUGUAAUAUAGUCGUACCUUGGAAGGCGAACAGAAUCUGUUCUGGAAGUCCGUUCAACUUCCAAAACAUUCGGAAACCAAAGCACGGCUUCCGAUUGGGUGGAGGAAACUCCUGCAGCCAAUCGGAAGCCGCAGAAGCCCCGUCAGAUGUUUGGGUUCCAAAGAACGUUCGCAAACUGGAACAGUCACUUCCGGGUUUGUGGCGUUCAGGAGCCAAAACAUUCGAGAACUAAGGUGUUUGAAAACCACUGUGCACCUGUAAUGGAAUACUGAAUGGUUUCGUUUAUGUAAAAUAUUCAGGGAUAUAAGAUAUGCAAAGAGAAGAAGGGAAAGAGAAGAAGGGAAGUCAUGGAUAUUUUAAGGAUGUUUAAAUGAGUAUUCUAAAUUGUAAAACAAAAUUUAAUAAAAAUUAUAUAUAUAGACAUAAACUUCAGUGUGCCUAUUCUUCCCCUCCCCCCAAAUUUUUUUAUUGGUUUUCACUGUAUUAUAAACAAACAAACACAUAAGACAAACAAACAUAAAUCCUAGCCUUAUUGAAAAUUACACUUAUUAACUUUGUUAAGUGGCUUCCCCUUGGUUGAAUUUCAUUGCAUUUCCUUUAAACUGUUUCCCAAGUCACAAUUCUUAUAAAAUUUAACUUAAACAUUAACAUCCUUUAUGAAAUUAAAGAUAUUAAUUCAUCACUUAACAUAAAUAAAAUCCUCAGCCAAUUAAGUAUCUGCAAGCUGUUUUCAUUUAGUUUAACUUAACAUAGUUAACUAAAUAAUCAUUAAAUUUAAUCCAUUCUUCCUGAUACUCCUCCUCCUUCUGGUCACGGACUCUUCCAGUUAGGUCGGCUAGCUCCGAAAAAUCCAUCAUCUCAGUGCGCCUACUCUUGAGUAGGACUAGCACUGCGCACAACCCCUAGCAUUCUGAGGUAAGACUCCUAUAUUAUCCCCUUUAGUGUUUUUUUCAGAAAUAAGCUGCCUUAUGCUGAUCAGUCCAUCUAGCUCAAUGUUAUCUACAAUGACUGACUGCAGCUCUCCCAAGAUUUCAAAUAGGGUUCUCUCUUAGCCUUACCUGGAGAUGCUGGGGAUUGAAUGUGGGAUCUACUUCAUGCAAAGCAAAUUCUCUGCCACUCCCCCCCCCCCCUUCUGCCUUGGCAGCCAAAUACUUAUGAGCCUUGACUUCCGAUUCCUUAUUUCUUUGAUCUGCAGAGUGUGUCCUGUUUGUCAAGAUGGCCGUGCCUUUCGUGGAAGACUGGGACUUAGUGCAGACCCUCGGGGAAGGUGCUUAUGGAGAGUGAGUAUAGCUUAGGCAAUACCAUGCAACAUAUUAUAAUAAAGGUAAAGGGACCCCUGACCAUUAGGUCCAGUCAUGGCCGACUCUGGGGUUGCGGCGCUCAUCUCGCUUUAUUGGCCGAGGGAGCUGGCAUACAGCUUCUGGGUCAUGUGGCCAGCAUGACUAAGCCGCUUCUGGCAAACCAGAGCAGCGCACGGAAACGCCGUUUACCUUCCCACUGGAGCGGUACCUAUUUAACUACUUGCACUGGUGUGCUUUCAAACUGCUAGGUUGGCAGGAGCAGGGACCGAGCAACGGGAGCUCACCCCAUUGCGGGGAUUCAAACUGCCGACCUUCUGAUCGGCAAGUCCUAGGCUCUGGUUUAACCCAAAGUGCCACCCACGUCCCUUAACAUAUUAUAAUACAUGGAGGCAAGUGAAUGGUUCCAGAACAAGAGUAAACUGUAAAUUGAAAUUGCUGCUGUAUUCUUGUGUCGAGGGUUGUCAAAAAAUCACAAGAGCUUUAAUUUGGGUUGUUGAAUUUGCUCAUUUUUUUCCAGGAGGAGGAAAUGUGUGCUGUGGCUGGCAAGCAAAGCUGAGACUUAACGCACAAUUUUUAGUAAUAAUGUUCGGCGAAGAAAGCCUAUCUAUAAAAACCCUGCUUUCCACUUUCUCUUUAUAGAGUUCAGUUGGCUGUGAACAGACGCACGGAAGAAGCAGUGGCGGUGAAGAUUGUUGACAUGAAAUGCGCUAUAGAGUGCCCAGAUCAGAUUAAGAAGGAGAUCUGCAUUAACAAAAUGUUAAAUCACGAGAACAUUGUCAAGUUUUACGGACAUCGGCGAGAAGGCACUAUUCAGUAUCUGUUCCUAGAGUACUGCAGCGGGGGAGAACUCUUUGACCGAAUAGGUACAGGGGGUUUUAUGGGAUAGGAAGGCAGGCCACAGAAUGGUCCUUGGAUGAGGAUGCUCUCCAAGGGUCAAAUGGUUUAUUUAUUUAAGUCAUCUAUAUACAGUCGUUCCUUGGAUCCUGAACACCUUGCGACGUGAAUGUUUUGAAGUGACUUCCAGUUUGUGAACAUUCUUCAAAACCCGAACGUCCGACAGGGCUUCUGUGGCUUCCGAUUGGCUGCAGGAGCUUCCUGCGGCCAAUUGGAAGCCGCGCCUUGGGUUUCCAAAUGUUUUGGAAGUCGAACAGACUUCUGGAACAGAUUCCCUUCGACUUCCGAGGUACCACUGCAACUUGCAUUUCGGGGAUAUUUAAACACAUUCAAAGCAAGCCUCCUCUAUGGUAGCCUGCAAUCAUUUUAUGAACUUGAAUCCAAACAAAAAUGUUGUUUGCUGCUAUCAAUGCUACUGUGAAACAUGGUGUUCAGUUUGUUACCAAUAAUGCCUUCGGCCAUAACUAUUUCAGAGCAAACAACCAGAAAGGUUAUAUUCAUUAGAAACACUGCUAUCACUGUGUAAAUUUCAUUAGUAUGUUUCUUCAUGAAGCUAUGGUGCCUUUCUUGCAGAGCCAGAUGUAGGAAUGCCUGAAGCAGAAGCACAGAAGUUUUUCCACCAGCUUAUAGCUGGAGUCGUAAGUUUAUUUAUGUUGCUUUUUCAAGCUCUUUUUUGUGUGUGAAAGCAGGUUGAAUGAAUGCUUUCUAUUAAUGCCUUGUAUCAUUUUGACAGGUCUACCUUCACAGUAUAGGAGUAACACAUCGGGAUAUUAAGCCUGAGAAUCUGCUGCUAAAUGGAAUGGGUAAGAGAGAGAGACCGCUUUGUUCUUGUUGUUGUUGUUUAGUCGUUUAGUCGUGUCCGACUCUUCGUGACCCCAUGGACCAGAGCACGCCAGGCACUCCUGUCUUCCACUGCCUCCCGCAGUUUGGUCAGACUCAUGUUUGUAGCUUCGAGAACACUGUUCAACCAUCAUGUCCUCUUUCGUCCCCUUCUCCUUGUGCCCUCCAUCUUUCCCAACAUCAGGGUCUUUUCCAGGGAGUCUUCUCUUCUCAUGAGGUGGCCAAAGUAUUGGAGCCUCAGCUUCAGGAUCUGUCCUUCCAGUGAGCACUCAGGGCUGAUUUCCUUCAGAAUGGAGAGGUUUGAUCUUCUUGCCGUCCAUGGGACUCUCAAGAGUCUCCUCCAACACCAUAAUUCAAAAGCAUCAAUUCUUCGGCGAUCAGCCUUCUUUAUGGUCCAGCUCUCACUUCCAUACAUCACUAAUUUCUUUAGUUCAGUAUCAAUUUUCCACAAGUUAAAAAGCAGCCCACACUUUGGAUGUGAAAGCAACAAGUCCUCUCUGUUGCUAACAGCAAACAUCAAGCAGUCAGAGGACUUGGGUUUGGGUUUUUUUAGGAUUUCACUCGGCUAUCCUUGAUUUGGAGCAGCAAUAGAACACUUAAUGCCUGCUUAUGUAGACAUGGCCCACUAGUAUCAACGGGAUAUUUUGGAAUUGGCAUACUAAGGAGUAGGGUAGAUUAGUAUCAGUGACAAAUUUCUGAGCUGGCAUACUUAAAAGGACCAUUUUUAAAAAAGUUAAAUGUUUGUGUCUUAGAUCAAUGUUACUUUAGUGCAGGGGUCAGCAAACUUUUUCAGCAGGGGGCCGGUCCGCUGUCCCUCAGACCUUGUUGGGGGGCCGGACUAUAUUUUGAAAAAAAAUAUGAAUGAAUUCCUAUGCCCCACAAAUAACUCAGAGAUGCAUUUUAAAUAAAAGCACACAUUCUACUCAUGUAAAAACACAAGGCAGGCCCCACAAAUAACCCAGAGAUGCAUUUUAAAUAAAAGGACACAUUCUACUCAUGUAAAAACACGCUGAUUGCCAGACUGUCUGCAGGCCGGAUUUAGAAGGUGAUUGGGCCGGAUCCAGCCCCCAGGCCUUAGUUUUCCUACCCAUGCUUUAGUGUGCCUCAAACAAAGAUGAUGAAUUAGAAUGAUGCGCAAGAUACCUUUAUUCUUGUAUUUGUUUAGAUAAUCUCAAAAUCUCUGACUUUGGACUAGCAACUGUGUUUAAGUACAAUGGUCAUGAGCGAUUGUUGAACAAGAUGUGUGGCACGCUCCCGUACAUUGCGCCAGAAGUCCUUAAAAGAAAAGAAUUCCAUGCUGAGCCAGUUGAUGUUUGGUCAUGUGGAAUCGUACUCACUGCCAUGUUGGCAGGAGGUAAGAGCUACCCAAGUUUUAAUUCGUUUUAUUAACAUUAGUUUGUUGAUAAGGAUUUGCCUCUUAAAACUAAUGCUCUACAUUUACACAACAGGGAUGCAGAUCAGCAGCGCGCCUUGGUGUAUUAUCUCUUGGGAAUUUGGGAUAUUUAUUAAAGUGUGGUUCUUGAUCUAGUUCAUUACAGUGGUACCUUGGUUCUCAAACUUAAUCCAUUCCAAAAGUCCGUUCCAAAACCAAGGCACGCUUUCCCAUAGAAAGUAAUGCAAAAUGGAUUAAUCCAUUCCAGACUUUUAAAAACAAUGCCUAAAACACCAAUUUAACAUUAAUUUUACUCUCUAACGAGACCAUUGAUUCAUAAAAUGAAAGCAAUAAACAAUGUACAGUGGUACCUCGGGUUAAGUACUUAAUUCGUUCCAGAGGUCUGUUCUUAACCUGAAACUGUUCUUAACCUGAAGCACCACUUUAGCUAAUGGGGCCUUCUGCUGCUGCCGCACCACCAGAGCACGAUUUCUGUUCUCAUCCUGAAGCAAAGUUCUUAACCUGAAGCACUAUUUAUGGGUUAGCAGAGUCUGUAACCUGAAGCAUAUGUAACCUGAAGCGUAUGUAACCCGAGGUACCACUGUACUGCAGUCACAAAAUCAAUCAAUCAGUAGCUGAACUGGGUUCCACACAGUCACAAAAACAAAACGAAAAGAGCCGCAAAAACAAAAAUGUAAAAUGAAUAGCAAAAACAGACAGACCUCAGCGUAACACUCAAAACGGAAGUGUGGCACUCAAAUCAGAAGCGUAACACUCAAAUCGGAGUGCGUUCAGCUUCCAAAAAAAGUUCGCAAACCGGAACACUUCUGUGUUUGCAGUGUUUGGGUUCCAAGUUGUUUGAGUACCAAGGCAUUUGAGAACCAAGGUACCACUGUAAUCAUCUACAGGCCUUCACAAAUAUACUGGUGGAGAGGGGACAUUAAAAAAACAGAGAAUGGCCCGGGUACAUUUUUCAUUCUUGAAAAAUUUAAGCAAGAGUAGAACAACCAAUACCCAUAGCAGUUUUGCAAAAGUUGCUGGCUGAUCUUAUUAACUUGAAGUACAAACUUAGUAACUGAUUCAUUCACAUGAGAUGAGGCGCCCAUGGCUUGGAAGGUCGUACGCCACUCUACAGCUUGAGUUGCAAAGGGAGCCAUCAGAGGCCAAAUACAUGUGGCUUUUGUCUCUUUAAAAAUGAUACCAUAGUAGUGCCUUUAUUAGCACACAGUUACACAAUUCAUAUAUGGAGUGCCACUAAAUCUUUCUUCCAGUGUAGCUAAGGGGAGAUUGUUGAAGCUAAUUAAUUACCCUCUAACCAUCGCUGUCUGUAUGGUUACUCCCAAGAAUAGCUGAGAACGUCUCUCCAACUGUCUACCACAAGAAAGCUCUCCUCUUAAAAGCAGCUAUGUGAACUUUUCCCUCUCCUUCAAUACAUCCUUUUAAAAAUAAUAAUAUAUUUUUAGAUCAAAUUUAAGCAGAUAAAAUAAAAGCACAAGCAUUUCAACCGAUUCAACACCAAAAGUAGCAAUAAUACGCCACAACAAAUUUCCAGUGUUUGAUAAACCUGCAAGAUACUGCAUUUUUUUUUAAAAAAACAGGCUUUGGAAGGAAGAGUCAUUUAAGUUAAAGCAUUCUAUACAUUCAGCAUAGAAUGUUCAUUUAUAAAUGUGUUGCCGAAACCAGCGUUUUAAAAAAUAAUAGUAAUGAAUUCUUCACAGUUUUAACAGCAUACAACUACUGACUCUCUCAGGGGUUGAUAGUUUUAAAUAUUGCAAGCAGCCAUGAGCAGUGCUUUUGCACCGGAAUGGUAGGAUAUAAAUGUUUUAAUACAUAUAAUAAAAUUAAUAUUUAAACAAGUGUAUCCGCAAUAAUUUUUUGAGGGAUUUAGCUUACUGCAUAAAUCUGGAGCAUAUUGCAUAGUAACCAUAUUUUCUGAUAGUGUGACAUUUGUAGCUAAGCUGGAACAGAAAAAAAGAAAUUGCCGCAGAUUUUCAUUGCUCAUAGUUUUACUGGAGACUGUUUUUCUAGUCUAAGUAGUUAUUAAUUCCUCGUUUUGAAUUUGCUGUGUAACUAAUGUGGUUAUUAGUGACCUUCUUAUAACCCUUGGGUGUGUCUCUUCCUCUUAAAAUGCUAACAUCCAUUUGCUUGAAACCCAAAUACCUUCUUAGUUUGUCCCCAGAUCACUGACAAGUUUUGUCAAGAAAUGUGGCUUUCUUUCUUGCAGAAUUGCCAUGGGACCAGCCUGUUGACACAUGUCAGGAAUACUGUGAUUGGAAAGAAAAGAAAACAUAUUUGUCACCAUGGAAGAAGAUAGACUCGUUGCCACUAGGUACAGACGCGGGUCUAGGUACAGUGGUCUAGGUACAGACCACUAGGUAGGGACGCGGGUGGUGCUGUGGGUAAAACCUCAGUGCCUAGGACUUGCCGAUCGUAUGGUCGGCGGUUCGAAUCCCCGCGGCUGGGUGAGCUCCCGUUGUUCGGUCCCAGCUCCUGCCCACCUAGCAGUUCGAAAGCACCCCUAAGUGCAAGUAGAUAAAUAGGUACCACUCCGGCGGGAAGGUGAACGGCGUUUCCGUGUGCUGCGCUGGUGCUGGCUCGCCAGCUGCAGCUUCGUCACGCUGGCCACGUGACCCGGAAGUGUCUUCGGACGGCGCCGGCUCACGGCCUCUUGAGCGAGAUGAGCGCGCAACCCUAGAGUCGGACACGACUGGCCCAUACGGGCAGGGGUACCUUUACCUUUACAGACCUUUACUGACUGUUUUUAUAUUUACUUGGCGGGCAGUCUUGAUAGCUUUGCUAAGAAAUGAGUGUGUUAUUUUUCUGAGUACAGAUCAUAUCCUCCAAAGAACAUCUUUAAAAGUUGGGUGACUCUGGUUCAUGUAAAAAUUGUAACGAUUUAUUUGAAAACUGGUGGAACAAUGUUUGAGGGCAUCUCAAUUGAAUUGCAAGCCAUUGCCACAGAAGGUGGACAAUUUCAGAACUUGUAGGCCAUGCAUAUAACCAAAUUCUUUAUUUCUUUUCAGCUUUACUCCUCAAACUAUUAACUGAGGACCCCGCAUCAAGGCUUACUAUUGAAGACCUUAAAAAGGACAGGUGGUACACAAAAGCUUUAAAGAAAGGUAAUUUUUAAAAAAUAAAUGCAUGUGAAUUUUGUAUGUAGCUGCAUAUUUGAAAUCUUUUGACACCUGAAAACGGUACAGUUGACAUCUCUCAUAUAUGCCACUGAAAGGAGCGAGUUAUAUAUUUAAAGAUAUUGAUAUUUACAAUUUAGGUGGCUCACCCUGUUUUAAUCUUACUUGAGGAUAGAUUUUGCUUGCUUUUUCAUCCCCUUUGCUGAUCAGUCCCAUUUAUCAAGGUCUGCUACUAAUAAGGGCUCAUCUUGGGUUAAUCCAGGCAUAGGCAAACUCGGCCCUCCAGAUGUUUUGGGACUACAAUUCCCAUCAUCCCUGACCACUGGUUUGCCUAUGCCUGGAAUCGGUACAUUCACGUUUGACUCUAGGAUGAAAACCAGUGUAAAUCAUUCCAAUAUUAUGAUUGUGCACUCACAUCCCUCCUGAGUGACCUGUGGGAGCGCCCAUCUAAAUGAAAAGUGGUGCGGAAGGCCUCCUUAGACACUUUGAAUCACAUUUUAACUAGCUCUAACAAUGGGAAGAGGUUGUUGGUCUGAGAAUUCUGCAAAUCAUUUGGCAGUUCUAGUGCAAUUAUUUGAUCCCACCAUUCAUGAAGUUUGAAUACAGUGGUACCUUGGUUCUCAAAUUUAAUCCGUUCUGGGAGUCCGUUCGGCUCCCAGAAUGGUUCAGAAACCAAGGUGUGGCUUCCGAUUGGCUGCAGGAGCAUCGAAUGUUCGGCUUCCAAAGAACAUUCGGAAACUGGAACAAUCACUUCUGGGUUUGCAACGUUCGGGAGCCGAUUUGUUCGACAACUAAGCCGUUCGACUACCAAGGUACCACUGUCGGUGGUUUUGAGUUUACAUUAGUGUUCACAAAUGCAAGUGAUGUGUGUUUAGCUUCUUUUGGUCUUAGGAAGAAUGACAAGCUGACACACAGCACCUUUGGAAAGGUUGGAGCCAUUAAAGAACAACAGCAACAAUCCAAUCAUUUUACUUGGGAUUUACAAUGUACUUAACAGUGAAUGACAAAAAUAAUUUCCCCCCCUCCCCUUUGAAAACUGAGUACUAGUUUUUCUUUCUAGGCAUCAAGCGGCCUCGAGUCUCAUCGGGGGGACUAUCCGAUUCCCCAGGAUGUUUUUCUAAGCACAUCCGAUCGGAUAUGGACUUCUCUCCAGUGAAAAGUGCACGCAGGUGAAAAAUAUAUUCGUUCAUUGUGUCCAACACACAGGCAAAAGCAUGUGUGUAUGUGGUGUCUGGCUAAUAUUUUUAACUUGAUGGGGAACUUUUUAUUUUUUACUCUGAAGCUCUGCAAUGACUUAUUCUGUGCUGCCAUAUCUUAAGACGUGUUCCACAAGUAACAAAACCAGAGGUGAUCUAUGGCAUGUCUGCACUGUGCCACUAGGCUGCAGUAGCCAGUUUAACAGAGCCAGAUCUUCUCUUCCUUCUUGCCCCUCCUUCGCUGCAUUGUUGCCUGCCCCCUUGAUUUGACAGAAUAGUAGCAAAACAACUCGUACACAGAGAGCGAGGGCAGCAGCGGAGAUGGUUUUGUAUCUGAAAGCACUCAUUCUAUCCUGUUUAAAUACCAAAAUUGGGGAACUUUGGGGACUUUAAUAUGAGGAUUAAUCUGGUGGUUCUAGCGUCUGGGUUUUAUUUAAGUGCAGGAGAAAAUGGGCGAAGGUGGGGGUAUGUUUUAAGUCUUGCAGAGCAUAACAAAGUAAUAUGUUCAAGUUGUGUGGUAAAUGCUACUGUCGAGGCUAUGUGUGUUUUAUGAUUCUGCAAACAUGCAAUGCAGAAAACAAGUGACUUUUUACAUUGAGCAGGGGUGGCCAACUCCCAAGAGACUGUGAACUACUCACAGAGUUAAAAACUGGCAGUGAUCUACCCCCUUUUAGGGGUUCAGAUCAAAGCUGUUGAGCUUUCUUUAGGGAGGAGGAAAGCCCCGUUUUUGGGGGGUGCUUAUAAGUAUAAAACCAAAUUUACUAGAAUAAUAGCUAGAAUAGAGAUAGACUUGUAACCAUUCAAGCAUACCAAAGAGCUCCAGUGAUCUACCAGUGAUCUACCACAGACAUCCAGUGAUCUACCGGUAGAUCACGAUCUACCUGUUGGACGUGCCUGCAUUAAGGCAAUUCAGUCAUGAUAGAAUGAUUUAAAUAAUGACGAAAAUUGCCAAGAAAAAGGCCGACUUAAUGCCCAGUUCUGAGGGCCAACGCAUGUAGCGGUUAACUCCCGGAAAUAAAAAAAGUUCUAGACAAUGUGUUGUCGCGCCAUUUAGGAACGUGACACUGCUUUGUUUUCCUUGCUGCAGUGAGGAGAAAAAGACCUGCUCCAAUUCUCAGCCGGAACCUGGCACUGGACUUUCUUUGUGGGAUAGCGGUCCAGCUGGCAUCGAUAAGCUAGUGCAAGGCAUCAGUUUCUCCCAGCCAGCUUGCCCUGAACACAUGCUGCUCAACAGCCAACUGCUUGGCACUCCCAGUUCUUCCCAGGUAACUUGGUCUGGUGGCUUGGCUAUCGACUUUCGUUGUUUUUGGAACUUGUAGAGGCCCUUGUGCUUUUGUUUUGCACCGUAACAGCAACCCCCCUCCCCAAUUUAAUGCUUCAGCCCUCGAAAAAAAUAUACACACCCUUGUGCAAAUUAAUUGAAACAAACAAUGUAGUUUAUUGUACAAAACUCACAUAUACAUGUACAAAACUCACAGAUACCUACAUUAGUAACGGAUAUGACCUCCACUAUUUUUAAGCAGCAUUUGAACACAGUUUGGCAUGGAGUCUACUAGUUUCGAACAGUCACUGUUGAUUUUCGGAUCCACACUUGAAUCAGCGCCUGAAUGAGCUUCUCCAUAUUCCUCCAGUCUACAGCACGGAGAUUUUGCAUAUAGCCCACAAAUUCUCAAUGGGAUUUACGUCUGGGGAAUUCCCUGGCCAAUCAAGUACCUGUAGUUGCUGCUCUGUCAUGAAUUUCUUCACCGCUUUCGAUGUGUGACAGGGGGAUAGAUCCUGCUGCAGUAUCCCAGUACUGUCAAGAUACCUCUUUUCCAGCUCUGGAAUAACUCUUUCGUAGAACCUGAAUAUAUUGCGGCGAGCACAUCAUUCCUUCUGUUGGCUUCAGGCUUCCGACACCAUAAUGAUCAACUGACUUUUCAUGUUUGUUUUGAGUACAGGAUUACGAGUAAGAUAGAAAACAUGCUUUGUUUCAGUUAAUUUGCACAAGGGUGUAUAUAUUUGGUUCAUGCACAGGACACAUAUAUUUUUAAAUGAUUGCUAUGCAAUUCUUUAGCACCAUAAAACAAUGCAAAGCCUUGAUGAAAACUUGACAUUCAUUUUAGCCUUCAGCUGACUUCUGGUGUCUUCCGUUCCUUUCUCUCUUAGAAUUCAUGGCAGCGCUUAGUGAAGAGAAUGACCCGUUUCUUUUUGAAGCUGGACGCUGACCAGUCUUACCACGUAUUGAAGGAGGUUUGCGAAAAAAUGGGCUACGUCUGGAAGAAGGGCUGCACAAACCAGGUGUGAAUUAAUUGUGUGUGUCCAUCACACACAAGAUGGACAGACAGGCAUUGUGGUGUAGGCACGAUAGAUGGCAGCAAGAGAGAGGGUCUUCUCAGUGGGUGCAUCAAUAUUAUGGAACACCUGGCCCUGUGAGACAUGGGCCAUUCCUUGUCUGGUAGUUGUUGUUGUUGCGUGGUACAUACAUUUUUAUUCUGUCAGUUGGCAGGAAAAACCUGCUCUAAAAGUCAUGAUUUGUCUGUGAUGCUUGCUUUUGUUGUAUUUUUAAUUCUUCUCUUUUGCAUUUUUAUUUGUUGCUUUAUUUUAUUCAUCGUGAUUUUCUUAUAUUUUCACGCUGUGAUUUUAAGUUGUAAGCAGCACCGAGUAGGGCAGGUAAUUUUAAAAAAUAAAAUUAAUUUGCAUUUACAUACUUUUAUGCAGUGCUUUUUUCCAUGGGGGGACGCAGGGGUAUGCGUACCCCUAAAUAUAUUUUUAGAAAAAAAGCACUGCUUGUAUGCAUUUGCAUACAAAAUAAAUAUAUAUGAUUUGUUGUAACUAGGAGAUACACAGUGUCCUGGAAGAAAUUGUUAUUUUUUAAUUCAAGGCCUGUUGGGGAGCUCUUUAGACAGAUCCUCAUUUGGUUGCUAGUGAGAAAAAUAGUGUGAAGGCUGCCGUAAACUUAGAGAGCCUAACUUUGCAACUUCAGAGAUUUAUUUUUUGAUUUGAUUUGAAUUGUAUACCACCUUAUAUCGGCAGACCUCAGGACGGUUCACAGCAUAAAAAGAGUGAGCAUUAUUGAUUGUAAAUAUCCUUUGUAAACCUCUUUCCCCUGAUAAAAUACUUGUUUUCCUUCUAAGGUUACCAUAUCAACCACAGAUAGAAGAAACAACAAACUGAUUUUCAAGGCAAACCUCUUGGAAAUGGAUGACAAAAUACUUGUUGACUUCCGCCUGUCUAAGGUAUAUACAAAGUUAACCAACGCAUUUCAAUCUAAGGAUAAGAAGGAUGCCUUGGCACUUGUAGUAGAUAUUACCUAACCAGUCAAACUUACUUAAAUAGGAAUUAAGCUACAUUUUUACCUAGCGCAAUAGAAAGCAAAGAUUUGAUUUGACCUGGGCUUUUUAAUCUCUUGAGAGAAUUGCAAAUUGUGGGGAGAAUGUUUUAUGUGCUUGGGCUCCCUCCAGUGGUAGCUCCUCAGUACUGCAGAAUGCUUUCACACUGCCAGCUGCCAACAUGUUCUGAUUCAGAAUAUUAUAUUUACCAUUGUAGUCACUUUAUUUUCUAAUCUGUUCUAGCAUACUGUAUGGGCUGGGGCUGGCGGUUAGCCUUCUGCUUGGUUCAAGAGCUGCAGGGUGCUUAGUGGAAAGCUCAGCUAUGGGGAUGCUAUGCGCUCUAUGUGGGGCUACCUUUGAAGGUGACCCGGAAACUACAACUAAUCCAGAAUGCGGCAGCUAGACAGGCGAACGUUCUUUGGAACCCUAAUAUCCAACGGGGCUUCUGAUUGGCUGCGGGAGCUUCCUGCGGCCAAUCGGAAGCCGUGCUUUGGUUUCUGAAUGUUUUGGAAGUCGAACGGACUUCCGGAACGGAUUCCGUUCGACUUCCGAGGUACGGCUGUACUCAUAAUGUGGUUUAUACUUCCCUCUUGUAUCGUUUCUCUAGCUAAUACGUGCCCUUCCAAUGACAUAUACUCACUUGGAUUCUUCCCCACCUCCCUUCCCUAUGCAGGGUGACGGCUUGGAGUUCAAGAGGCAUUUCCUGAAGAUCAAAGGGAAGCUGAGUGAUGUCGUCAGCACACAGAAGCUGUGGCUUCCUGUCACAUGAUGACGUUGUGGUUGAGAGUGGCUCUGUUUUGAUUCAGUGGCUUCUGCUAAGGGACAGUCAUGCCUGCCGCACCCCAAACUCCAGUCAUUCAAUGGAAAUCUUUUGUUUUGUUUAGGUUUUAUGGGGAUAGGCGUUCAAGCUAUCCACAUAUGGUAACAGGCGAUAACUGUUGUGAAGGUGCACAUUUGCAAUGGUUGGCUGGGGUAUCCCACCCUUGCUUAUGAUCAUGAAAGUCACGAGUGGCUUAGCUUAGUUCACAUUCUUGACUUAGAAGUGGUGUUUUUUUGUAGGUUGCUCAAGCUCCUCAUCCAUAUACAUGUGUUUCCCUUCUUUUUUCCAAAGUAAAAAAAAAUUCAGACUGAGCUUGAAAGCUGCUCCUUUGUAAAACAUAACAUGAGCGUUAUCAUGCUCCUUUGAUGACUUUGGUUUUAAAAAACAACAACAAAAAAAUAAGGUUAUUUUAUAUAAACAUGAUAAGAGUUGUAGGAAUGUUAGGUCCAGAAUAAGGUCCUUCUCAAAUCACUUGACUCAGUUUAUGAUUACUUGCUCCUAAAGUCAGGGCUUCUGAAUGGAGCUAUACAGUUGCAGUUCAUUGCUUUUGGUUUCUACUGUCACCCUUAAGAAAAUAUAAAGCCCAUUGGUUGUUUUUAGCAUCAGUUCCAAUUUUAAAAUAUAUUUUCUAUUUUUAGGGUAUAAUUCUCUCCCCUCCAAUCCUUGUAUAGGUCUGAUCAGACUGGCUGAGCCUCUAAAGUAGAAGUGGGCAAAAAUAUUGGGUUUUGUAGUCGUAACAACAUCUUGUGGGGCCAUAGGUUCCCCACCUUAGUCUAAAUCAGGGUUUCCCAAACUUGGGUCUCCAGCUGUUUUUGGACUACAACUCCCAUCAUCUCUAGCUAGCAAGACCAGUGGUCAGGGAUGAUGGGAACCGUAGUCCAAAACAGCUGGAGGCCCAAGUUUGGGAAACACCGGUCUAAAUGGAAGGAGAUGUAAUGGAUUAACAGACCCCUCACUCUUUUUAUUUCCUUUUGUACUGUUCUGUCUUUUGGGAAGCAAACUUCUUUCAAACUGGUUAAACUUGAAUGUACCAUGCAAAUACACUAGAGUGGAGGUGGCCGGAUGCUAGACUGCAGCCGUCAUCAUUCCUGACCAUUGACCAUGCUGGAUGGGGCUGAUGGGAGCUGUAGUCCAGCAAAAUCCGGAGGGCACCAGGUUGGUUACCCCUGCACUAAGAGAGUAAGGGGCUGACACACAAACCUUGUUUCUGACCAUACUUCCUGACCCAUAUUUAAAUCUACAAAACUGUGAAUUUUUAAAUGUGUCUGUAAAGAAAAUAAAACAAUUUGCAAAAUAAAGAAUGAUCUCGGAUUAAAAGAA